UUAGCAGGUGACAGAUGCACUGCUGAUUACUCAUUAUGUCAAAUGAUCUACACCUGAAGCUCAGCAGAUUUUACUCUUGGAUUGUGAGCACAAAGGGAUCAGCAAAACUGAACUGUGCCACAUGAACACCACUUUAAUUCAAGAAAAGGAGAGCCAACUGGCAAGGGUUAAGCAGAGAUAAUAGACUCGGGAGUGUGCUUUUGUGCCUGCUCCACCCUGAUAAGUGAACGAGUUCCCACCCCCACAAAUGAGCUACCUGUGGACGUCUCAGGGGGACUGGACUGAAUGAAACCAGGAAGGAAACAAAUAACAAGGGAGGUGAGAAGCCAAGCACAGGACAGAGAAGAGCUGAGCUCAACUGCAGAUCAACUGACAGACCGCUGAGGGGGGAAACUGUGCUGAAACCAACGCUACCGACCCCACUGGACAGGUUCCCCCACUCAUAGCUCCUCCCACGUGCAUACAUACUACACAUUCUACACGGAGGGCAGGAGGAAGGGUGGUGGUUUUGAGCGUGUUUAGAGCUCUGAGGUGGGGGAAAGAAAGACGAGCAGUAAGGAGAGAAAGGAGAGGACCUGAAACAGGCCGCAGACAGGACUCAGAAGAUGGCUGAGGAGCAGCCCUACUACGGCAAGCACGGCGAACCCAGGAAGUAUGACCCCACCUUCAAAGGGCCAAUCUACAACAGGGGCUGCACUGACAUUGUCUGCUGCAUCCUCUUUGUUGUUGCCAUCCUGGGCUACUUUGCCGUGGGCAUCCUGGCCUGGUCCCAGGGUGAUCCCCGCAAGGUGAUCUACCCUACAGACAGCCGAGGUCAAUUCUGUGGACAGGCUGGCACACCACUGGAGAAGAAGACCAAGCUGUUCUACUUUAACAUCAUGAAGUGUGCCAACCCCAUGGUGUUGUUGGAGUUCCAGUGCCCCACCACUCAGUUGUGUGUAGAGCAAUGUCCAAAAAGCUUCAUGACCUUGGUGAAAGCACGCGCCAUAAGCAAAGACUGGGAGUACUACAAAAAAUUCUGCAAGGAAGGUUUAACUUCCUCAUUGACUGUAACACAGAUUCUAAAGGAGGGCCUGUGUCCUGCAAUGCUUCUGCCAAGCAAAUCCUUCACACGCAGGUGCUUCCCUGCUCUCAGCAGGAAGGGCCAGGAUGUGCUUGUGGGAAACCAGAGCCAGUUUGACGAUGGUAGUGGUUUUAGACCUGCCAAAGACCUGAUCGAUGGAGUGAAAAAUGCCUCUGUGGUUAUUGAAGCGCGACAGGUGGCCAUGAAGAUCUUUGAAGACUACACACAGUCAUGGUACUGGAUCCUAAUAGCGCUAGUGCUGGCCAUGGCCCUCAGUCUCAUCUUCAUCGUCCUAAUGCGGUUCUUAGCUGGCGUCAUGGUCUGGGUCAUGAUCGUCAUGGUGAUUUUGGUGCUUGGAUAUGGGAUCUUCCACUGCUACAUGGAGUACGCCGACCUGAAGGGUGAGCCUGGAGCUGACAUCACCCUGCAGGAUCUGGGCCUCCAACUGGACUUCUCUGUGUACCUGCAGAUCCGACAGACAUGGCUGGCUUUCAUGAUCAUCUUGGCCAUUCUGGAGGUCAUCAUCAUCCUCCUCCUCAUCUUCCUCCGAAAGCGGAUCCUCAUCGCCAUCGCUCUCAUCAAGGAAGCCAGCAAGGCCAUCGGUCACAUCAUGUCCUCCCUGUUCUACCCCCUCGUCACCUUUGUGCUGCUGGCCGUUGUCAUCGCCUACUGGGCGGUAACCGCUGUGUUCCUCUCCACUUCCAACGAACCCAUUUAUAAAGUCUUCAAUGAGACAGAUUGUGAGUACGGAAGACAGACAUGUAACCCUGAGAACUUCAGCACAUCCGACAUGAAAGCCAAGUGCCCUGACUCUGAGUGCCUGUUUGCAUUCUACGGAGGGGAAACCGUUUACCACAAGUAUCUCAUCGGCCUGCAGUUCUAUAACGUCUUCCUGUUCUUCUGGUGUGCCAACUUUGUGACGGCGCUGGGGCAGAUGACUCUGGCAGGGGCGUUUGCCUCCUACUACUGGGCCUUUGUCAAGCCAGACGACAUGCCCACCUGUCCGGUCUUCUCCUCCUUCGGCAGGGCUCUCAGAUAUCACACAGGUUCUUUGGCCUUUGGCUCUCUGAUCCUCUCUAUAAUCCAGGUGAUCAGAGUGCUGCUGGAGUAUGUGGAUCACAAGCUCAAAGGAGCCCAAAACAAGUGUACGAAGUUCCUGUUGUGCUGUCUCAAGUGUUGCUUCUGGUGCCUUGAGAAAUUCAUCAAAUUCCUCAACAGGAAUGCUUAUAUCAUGGUAGCCCUAUAUGGCAAAAACUUUUGCACUUCGGCCAAAGAUGCUUUCUUCCUUCUGAUGAGAAAUAUCGUAAGGGUCACGGUUUUGGAUAAAGUGACUGAUUUCCUGUUGUUCUUGGGAAAACUUCUCAUUGUAGGACUAGUAGGAGUCUUUGCCUUCUUUUUCUUCUCUGGAAGAGUGAAGGCUUUUGAAGACACAGCGCCCACCCUCAACUACUACUGGGUUCCCAUCCUGACGGCUGUUGUUGGGUCUUACCUCAUAGCCCAUGGCUUCUUCAGUGUCUAUUCCAUGUGUGUCGACACGCUCUUCCUCUGCUUCUUGGAGGAUUUGGAGAGGAAUGAUGGCAGUGCAGAGAGACCCUACCUGAUGCCUGACAAUCUGCUCAAAAUCCUAAAGAAAAAGAACAAGACUGAAACAACAGAGUAGAGCUCCCCCUAGUGACCUGGAAGAGGAGGAUAACUGGAGCAGGCCUGCUGUACAUCUCAGUUAAGCUGGUCUUUCCAUAACUGCCAUAUAAACUGUAUAUAGUGAGUAUAAGACUAUUCUUGACCUCAACACUCAAAGCAAACUGAUCAGGACCAGAAGCUAGCCUACAUCAAAAGGCUUUUUUUUUUUAAUCAGAAGAAAGAACAUGUACUUCCUAUUCUAUACAUUUCUAUGCAAGUCGAGGAUGACUGGACACUUUUCUGCACGUUUUAGAUGACAUAAUAAAUUCCAUGAAACUAUCCAUUUUGUAACUGGGUUAUGACAUCACACCAAAGCAUAUUUAUUAAAAAAAAAUGUUAUCAGUGAUUUUUGUGUCUUUGGCAAAGUAACUGAAGUAUGUUACACAACAGAGCCUUAAAGUGAGCUGUUUAGAAAACUGAUGUGAUUUUAUUAUUUUGGCACUUUUUUUACUAAGCAUAAAUAUUGGCUCAAGUUGAAAAUCAGUGACCAUAUUUGUAUAAAUAGAGUAAUGCUAUGUGAUUUGCUGCUUUGUUAUUACAUAUGUGAAGCCAAUCUCAAAUGUGCCUUAUCCCAACUAAAGAGCUAAGAACACAAGUUCAAAUAUAUUUCCAAAUAUGUGUACAGUGUUUUUUUGUCCCCCCCCCCCCCCCGUUGUUUUCUUUGCUUUUACAAUCUACCAAAAGACAACACAAUUUUAAUAGACAGAUAAGAUAAGCCUUCAUUUGGAGUUGAUGCUUAGAAGGUUCAUAUGUAAAGUACAGAGAAUGUCCUUCAGUAUAAAUACUUUAUAUGUUUUAGUUUUUGUUUCUGCAUGGAGGUUUAAUUUUUAUCAUUUUAUAUUUAUGGUUUAUAGUUUGAAAGCGAAAUAAAGAUGGAAUUAUUUGUACUGUCA